AUGACCAGCGACAAGGAGGCGCUCUGCCCUUUGGGCCGUGCCUGUUUGACCCGCCCCUGUCUCGGCUCCAGCUCCCGAAGGGUCCAUUCCAUCAACCCGGAGCUCCAUGCUGCCCUGGACCGCAGGGUUCGGCUGCCAGGAAAGCCGCCACCCUUAUCCUCUGACACUGGGCAGCCCCCCGGAGCUCUAGCUGGGGAUGGAGUGGGAGCGCAAGGCCCCUUGGAGAAAGGCGCGGCGAAACCUGGACACUUGGUGACAGACUACGGAGGCUGCGCAGUGGACGCUCGAUAUCAGGACGCGCUAACAGCGUUGCUGCACCUGGCGAUGGGCACGGGUGACCAAGAAGCUGGUGUCCGGAGGGAACCCUCAGGGAUUGAGCCAAUAGGGUCACAAGUCGCUGCCGGGUCCGUUGGCUCCAGAGGCCGGAUGCGCGGGAACAGGAGGGCAAGAGGACUGCUUCACAUCGGUGUCAAGUACAACAAAGGCAUCUGUGGGCAGAGCAACGCCUGCCAGGCCCCGGAUAGCCUCUAUCACACCCAGUGCUCUGUCUGUGGGCGAACUUUGUGCUCCCAGCUCAGCCUGACUCGUGGAGGUUGUACACUACACGGCUGGCCCGGGAAGCUGCGGAACGCUGAACCUGUCUGUCCUAGAGCACCCAGCAUGCCCAUGCUUCAGCCGCCACCCUUCCCUGUGCUGGGGGGCUGGCCCCACCAGCUGGGCCUCCUGCCCAUGCUCCUGGCUCUCCUUGGCAUCACCUGGGCAGAGACGUGGCCGUUUCAGCUGCAGGAGAAGCCAGCCCUGCUGCCCGGAGCCCUGAGCCGGAAAGAAGGCUUCCUUCUCCUCUCCCUUCACAACCGCCUGCGAAGCCGGGUCCACCCUCCAGCAGCCAACAUGCAGAGAAUGGACUGGAGCGAGAACCUGGCUCGACUGGCUCAGGACAGGGCAGCCCUCUGCGGGGCCCUGGCACCGAGCCUGGCGUUGGCUCCACAGCACACCCGGCAAGUGGGCUGGAAUGUGCAGCUGCUGCCCGUGGGCUCAGCGUCCUUUGUUGAAGUGGUCAGCCUGUGGUUUGCGGAGGGGCAGCAGUAUAAUCAUGCAGCAGCUGAGUGUACCUACAAUGCCACCUGUACCCACUACACUCAGCUCGUGUGGGCCACCUCGAGCCAGCUGGGCUGUGGGCGGCAUCGCUGCUCUGUGGGCCAGGCAGAGAUGGAAGCCUUUGUGUGUGCCUACUCCCCGGGAGGCAACUGGAAGGUGAAUGGGAGGACAAUCGUCCCCUAUAAGAAGGGCGCCUGGUGUUCACUCUGUACAGCCACCGUCUCCGGCUGCUUCAAAGCCUGGGACCAUACAGGGGGUCUCUGUGAGGUCCCCAGGAACCCAUGCCGCAUGAGCUGCCGGAACCAUGGGCAUCUCAACAUCAGCACCUGCCACUGCCACUGCCCCCCAGGCUACACAGGCCGGUACUGCCAAGUGAGGUGCAGCGUGCGCUGUGUGCAUGGCCGGUUCCGGGACGAGGAGUGCUCCUGUGUCUGUGACAUUGGCUUCGGGGGUGCUCAGUGUACCACCAAGGUGCACUUUCCCUUCCAUACCUGUGACCUGAGGAUUGAUGGAGACUGCUUCAUGGUGUCCUCGGAGGCAGACACCUACUACGGAGCCAAGAUUAAAUGUCAGGGAAAGGGCGGGGUAUUAGCCCAGAUCGAGAGUCAGAAAGUGCAGGACAUCCUGGCCUUCUACCUGGGUCGCUUGGAGACCACCAACGAGGUGACUGACAGGGAUCUUGAGACCAGGAACUUCUGGAUUGGGUUGACCUAUAAGACUGCUAAGGACUCCUUCCGUUGGAGCACCGGGGAGUACCAGUCCUUCACCAGUUUUGCCUUUGGACAACCUGACAACCAGGGGUUUGGCAACUGUGUGGAGCUACAGGCAUCAGCUGCCUUCAACUGGAAUGACCAACGCUGUAAAACCAGAAACCGUUACAUCUGCCAGUUUGCUCAAGAGCACAUUUCCCGUUGGAACCGUGGGUCCUGA